CUGUUAUUGGCUCUUCCCUGUCCUUCUCACUCACACCCUUCACGCUUGCAGGGCCUUCCUUGCAGACUCCUGUGAUUUUCUUUCUAAGUACACACUUCUCUCCAGGCUCUCAGCGCAGAGGAUCUUCAUCAGAGGAAGGGUUGGACUGAAUCCCUUAUUUUGAUUUAUUGUUCGAAGCGGAGUGUUUCCCGUUAAUCGUUCAGCGGUGUCUGGUGUUUCCGGUGUGGCGCCCCCAUCAGGCAUGACUCAGAGUAACGGAGAGACGCGACUGCAGCGCAGCAGAGUGCAGCAGCUGCGGGCCGGCUUCACAGAGCGCUCCCAGCGGGCGCGCAACACCGUACAGAACAUCACCACUGAUGACGUCAAAGGCUUCUUCAGGCGGAAUGCCUUCGUCAUCCUCACAGUCCUUGCCGUCAUCAUUGGUAUAAUUCUGGGAUUCGGACUGCGGCCGUAUAAAAUGUCCUAUCGAGAGGUGAAGUACUUCUCCUUUCCUGGAGAGCUGCUGAUGAGAAUGCUGCAGAUGCUGGUGCUCCCUCUUCUGGUGUCCAGUUUAAUCACAGGUAUGGCCGCUCUGGACAGUCGAGCUUCAGGGAAGAUGGGUGUGAGAGCUGUAGUUUACUACACCACCACCACUAUCAUCGCUGUGUUCAUCGGGAUCGUCAUGGUGCUCAUCAUCCACCCGGGAAGAGGCUCUAAAGACGAAUUCACCAAACAGGAGAAGAUAGAACAAGUCAGCCCAGCAGAUGCCUUCCUCGAUCUCAUCAGAAACAUGUUUCCUCCUAAUUUAGUGCAAGCUUGUACUCAACAGUUUAAAACACAAUAUGGCAAGCGAGUGGUCACGGUUAAAGUUCUGGUGAACGAGACAUUGUUCAGUUUGAAUAACGGGUCGCAGGAACUCAAACGUGAAGAGGUGAUACCAGUGCUGGGAACGGUUAAUGGAAUCAACGCACUCGGACUCGUGGUCUUCUCCAUGUGCUUUGGCUUCAUCAUUGGGAACAUGAAGGAACAGGGUCAACCGCUACGGGAUUUCUUUGACUGUCUGAAUGAGGCCAUCAUGAGGCUUGUUGCCAUUAUCAUGUGGUACGCUCCUCUCGGCAUAAUGUUCCUGAUCGCAGGAAAGAUAGUUGAGAUGGAUGAUAUAUCAGAAAUGGGAGGCCAGUUGGGCAUGUACACCAUCACAGUCAUCAUUGGCCUACUGAUACAUGCAAUCAUCGUACUGCCUUCGCUUUACUUCCUUGUGACGCGUAAAAAUCCAUUUGUGUUCAUCGCUGGACUUCUGCAAGCCCUUGUCACUGCACUCGGUACCUCCUCCAGCUCUGCCACUCUGCCCAUCACCUUUAAGUGUCUAGAGGAGAAUAACCAUGUGGAUAAACGUGUAACCCGUUUUGUGCUGCCUGUCGGAGCCACUAUAAACAUGGAUGGCACUGCUCUGUACGAGGCUCUGGCUGCCAUCUUCAUCGCACAAGUCAAUGACAUGGAUUUGAACUUUGGAGAGAUCCUAACCAUCAGCAUCACAGCAACAGCAGCCAGCAUUGGUGCAGCUGGAAUCCCUCAGGCUGGCCUGGUUACCAUGGUGAUAGUGCUGACCUCUGUAGGACUGCCCACUGAUGACAUCACUCUAAUUAUCGCAGUUGAUUGGUUCCUAGAUCGGCUGCGCACCACCACGAAUGUUUUGGGCGACUCCAUUGGUGCUGGCAUUGUGGAGCACCUGUCACGUCACGAGCUGUGUGCUAUCGACGCCGAGAUAGGAAACUCUGUAGUGGAGGAGAACGAGACCAAGAAGUCAUACCAGCUCAUCUCUCAGGAGAGCGAGUGCGAGAAUGCCAAGAUCCCUGACAGUGAGACCAAAAUGUAACCACCUGUUUCCUGAGGAAAAUCUGGAGUUUUUGUACAAACACUAGUGACUUAGUCAGACACUAGUCUGAUAUUCAACUCAAGUCUUAUUAUAUGCCUGUCCAAGACAUCCAAAUGUGUUGAAGUUCAAGCAGAGAUGGACAUGUGUGGUCCUCUUUGAACUGUUUUAUUGUAGCGUAAAUGCAAUAGAUUUGAUUACACUAGACAUAAUUUUAUUAAUUUUCUAGAUGCAGGUUUGUUGACGUUAAUUCAAGAGAAAUACCCAAUGCCAUUAUGGAAAAAAUAUAUGUUCACAAUGAUGCUUUUACUUGGGCUGGGGGAAAAAAAAAGAUUUUAAAUAAGCCAAAUGAUUUCAGACGAUUU